AUGCAUGCAUCCAAAUCACUCACUGGAUUGAUUGCAGCCCUCGGCAUAGCAAAUAUUUGCUGCGCGAGCCUGCUCAACCAAUAUCUCGCACCUGGAAAGCUUUCUGGAAACUCUUUCGGACUUCCGGGCGCGAACGCGACGUAUGAUUAUGUUGUUGUCGGAGCAGGACUUGCGGGCUCGAUUGUUGCAGCACGACUGGCAGAAAACCUCCCCGACGCGACGGUCGCAGUGGUGGAGGCUGGUUCGUUCUACGAGAUCUCGAACGGCAACUACAGUCAAAUACCGCACUACUCGCCGAGAUUUGCUGGAUCGGAUCCAGAUGAUUGGCAUCCUUUGAUUGACUGGGGUCUGGUGACAGAACCAGUCAAUGCAGGUGCGGGACGACGUUUCCUCUAUGCGCAAGGCAAGACGUUGGGAGGUAGUUCCGCGAGAAACCAGCAGAUCUAUCAUCGGGGAACAAAGGGCUGGCACCAGUCUAUCGUGGACGCCACCGGCGACGACGCUUGGAACUGGGAGAACAUGUUUCCGUUCAUGAAGACGUCGUUCUCCUUUACGCCUCCUGAUGUACGCUUCCGCGCCGCCAACGCAACUGCGAAUUUCAGUCUCGAGGCCUACGAUAUUCCAGGCGGACCUGCGCAACUCAGCUUUCCGAAACAUGCUCAGCCGAUCAGUUCGUAUGGACCAGACGCGUAUGCGGCUGCGGGCUUUAAUGCUACUCCAGACUUUCUACAGGGAAAUUUGCUAGGAUAUGGCUACUGGUCGUUCACGUUGAACCCGGAGGACAGUACGCGCAGCUCAACGGAGACAUCUUUCCUGAGCCCGGCUCUGGAAAAGACAAGCUUGAAAGUGUAUCAGAGUUGCAUGGCGCGAAACAUAUUGUUUGACGAGAACAAGAAAGCGACUGGUGUGAACGUCACCGUGCAGGGCAUAAAGUCAUUCAUGCUGAGUGCGAGGAAAGAAGUCAUUGUUUCCACUGGCGCCAUGCACUCUCCGCAACUUUUGAUGGUCUCAGGAGUCGGUCCCGAGUCCACCCUCAACCAAUUCUCCAUCCCAAUCGUCGCAGCACUCCCACACGUCGGGCAAAACCUGCACGACACCCCAAACCUAGGCGGCAUCACCCAUAGUAUGAAUGUUGACUCUGCAUCAACAUUCGAAUCCAACCCCGCCACCUUCGCCGCCGCCUCCGAGCAAUUCUUCACAAACGGCUCCGGGCCUCUAUCAUCCCCAUCCGGCGACUUUGCAGGCUGGGAAGUCCUCCCCAAAUCCUCACGCACAGGACUGUCAAAUUCGACACUGCAAUGGCUAGACAGCAUACCCUCCGAUUGGCCCACUGCCGAGUACGUCCUUGGAGCGGGUAGCUCAAGUCUCCUCCAAGCCGGAAACACAAACACGCGUCUCGGAAACGUCGGUGUCCUUCUUACGGCCUCAAAAGCCCGCGGCAGCGUCACCCUUGCAUCUGCAUCCAACGCUGACCAGCCCAUCAUCAACAUCCCCUGGCUUGCAUCACCCGAAGACCGCGAGGUUGCCAUCGCGGCAUUCAAACGUGCGCGCACAAUUGCAAGCCAUGUAGCCGCGUUCGGUGACGAGGUACGGCCAGGUGCAAACGUUACGUCCGAUGCGCAGAUUCUAGAUUACAUCAUGACGAAGGGGCUCAGUGCGAUCCAUCAUGCGGCGUCAACGUGUCGGAUGGGGAAGAGCGCGGAGGACGGGGUCGUGGACAGUCAGGGAAGGGUGUUUGGGGUGCAGGGGCUGCGAGUCGUGGAUGCGAGUGUCUUGCCUUAUAGUGCGCCAGGGCAUACGCAGGGGGUCACGUAUGCGGUGGCAGAGAAGCUUGUUGCGGACAUUAUACGGGAUGGAAUGGAGUAG